CACAAUAAGUAUCUAAGACCGUUCGAGGAGACGCUUUGUGGCGCUAUAAAAUCGAUAAUGACAUCACUCUCAAAGCAGCGUGACGUCAUUAUUCGCGCAAUUUUUCGCUAUCAUUUUCGAGUGCAACCAGAAAGAACAAACCAAUUGCGUCAAAAGUCAAAUAAAGACAAUUUAUUAAACUGUGAGAAACUGUAUUCACAAUGGCUCAACCACUUAGUCAAAUAUCUGAAAAUGUCGAAAUUCAUCUUUUAGAUGAAAACGACGUGACAUACACAAUAAAAGUAUCGCCAAAUGAUGCAGCGCGUGCAGAAAAUGAUACGAUAUUUGCUACUUAUCUUCUAAAAAGAGCAAAAUCACAAGAUUCAGAUUUUGAUGCAGCAAGUCUUUCAAUGGAGUCUUCCAAUUCUGAGGAUAAUAAUGAAUCAAUGUUUAAAUGGUCUCAUGCGGCAAUUCUAUUGCUGGUAGAAAAGUAUCGGCUGCAAGAAAAUAACAUUGUAUCGGGUAAAAUGUCCCAGAAAAAAGUAUGGAAUAAUAUUGCAUCAGCAUUAUCUGUUAAAGGCUAUAAUGUCACUGGACCUCAAUGUCUUUCAAAAUUUCACGGAAUGAAACGAACUUAUAAAUCUAUAAAAGAUCACAAUAGCAAAUCAGGGAAUAAUCUUAGAACAUGGCCUUAUAUGGAAGUCAUAAUAUAAAAGAAAAUUUAAAAAUUUUAUUUUUAAAAUAUAUAUAAUAAUAAUAUAUAUAAUUAACAGUGGAAAUGUGCAACAAAAAGUAAGACUGAAUAAAAUUUACUUUGUUACUUUUUGUUUAUUGUAUAAGUUGUGUAAUAAGUUGUAUAAUAAACUAUCUAUACAGUCUCUCAA